AUGCAAAGGGUGAAUGUCACUCCAGCUCAAAGGCAUACUGGUAAUAGGAAACACUAUGCUUUAAAGCAAGUUAUUGGUAAAGGCGCCUACGGAGUCGUUUAUAAGGCGGUUAAUAGAGCCACAGAGCAGGUGAUUGCAAUUAAAGCAAUUGAAUAUGACAAUGAAGAGGAAUUACAAGAGCAUAUGUUGGAGAUUGACUUGUUAAAGAAUUUGAAGCAUGAUAACAUUGUAAAGUACCAUGGUUUUAUUCAGUCAUCACAUGAGUUAUAUAUUUUGCUAGAGUAUUGCAUUCGCGGUUCUUUGCGAGAUUUGGUCAAAAAGCAGCCUCUCAGUGAAGUGAAAGCAAAGACAUAUAUAAAACAGACGUUACGGGGGCUACAGUAUUUGCAUGAUCAGGGUGUUAUUCAUCGUGAUAUCAAAGCGGCUAACUUGUUGCUAACUGAAGAUGGUACAAUUAAAUUGGCUGAUUUUGGUGUGUCAACGAGAGUGAAUAACAUGGCUAUGACAUAUGCUGGAUCACCGAACUGGAUGGCUCCUGAAGUAAUGCUUGGCAAAGGUGCCUCUACAGUGAGUGAUAUAUGGUCUCUUGGCGCUACUGUUGUUGAGUUACUUACUGGCAAUCCACCGUUUUAUAAUUUGGUGAAUGAAGCAGCUUGUUAUGCCAUUGUUAAUGAUGUUUAUUAUCCUCCAGAACAUCUUUCUUCAAAAUGUAAGAAGUUCAUUGAAUGUUGUUUUCAGAAGAAUAUGUUCAAGAGACCCCAGGCUCAUCAGUUAUUACAGAAUGUUUGGCUACAGGAAGGUAAAGAUAAGUUGGAGCAAUUCCGCGAGGAUCCUACACCAGUUGACAAAUGGGAUGCAGAUUUUUUUCAAAUUGAUGCAGUUACGAGGUCACCAUCUCCCAAAAAACAAUUAGGCGAUUCUUAUAAGUACACUGACCAGUUGAAAACAGGUAAUCUACUAAAUUCUCCCGAUGUAAUUAUGCAAAAUGUUACGGCCGAGGAAAUGUCUGACUUAAUGUUUGAAAUCGGGACAUCAGAUUCCCAGAAGGGUACGCAAGGGAAAAUAUUGUCUAAUUUGUUUGCUCUAGAUAAAGAUUAUCUUUCAUGUGCUGGUUCCAAACUAUUUGUUUCUAUGGGCGGAGUUCCUUUGCUAAUGAAGCAUGAGAAAGUUUUGGCAACAUAUUUUUCAUCAAAUAUCCCAUUGUUAGUCCAAUGUGGUAUAUUAACUUAUGUCAAUUCGUUGCAGAACACUCCUUUUUUGCUUCAAAUAGUGGAGUAUUUAAAUCGUACGUUAAGCUCAGAACGAUGGGCAAAAUGGUGCUCUACGGUAAGUUCACUACAGGAUGCGCUUACUAAAGAGCUAUUGCUCGGUAACAAGUCAGCCGAGUUUAUUCUUCUACAGCUUUCUACUUCUCCUGCAUUCCUGUUUGAUUUUACUAAAUUGAUGAUUCCCAAUUUCAGUGGGUCGAAAGCAAAACAUGUCAUUUUCAAAUGCUUCAAUAAUAUUUUAAAGCGAGCAUAUUCUGUCGACCUCAGCUAUACGCCAACAAAUUCGGUUUCAGCGUCAUCAACAAUCAGUUCACUACAGUUUCAUGUCGAUUCUUCAUUGUAUCCUCGUGGUGAGAUUUUGCCAGACGACUUUGUCGAUUGGCUUCUUAAAUUUAUUCCUUAUACUGAUGGUUCAUCAAAGGAGAUAAAGAUCUUUUUAGAACUUUUCUAUUACUCAAGUCAUUUAAACCCAAAGAGGUUGAGACAACUAGUCGAAAGCAAUAAGUUCUUACCAUUUAUUUCUGACUUGCAGCAAAAUGUCAAGUUCUUGCAUUCGGCAACGUGCCUGAAUGUUUGCGUUGAUAUAUCAAAUGAACUGAAUAAGGCCGCUUUCCCAGAAAUGUUAAAUAUAGCGAACCGCUUUCUCGAACACUCUGAAUUAUUUACAAAUACAGUGGAAAUAAUUUUAAACUGCACUCUUUUCGCAAUACGUGAAGGGUACCAAUGCGAUGUUAAUAGACAGCGCACUUUAAUUGAAGUGGAUAAAAAUGGCAUUAAAUGUGGAUCAAUAGCAUGUGGGAUUUUAAUUAACAGGUUUUUUGAGAAGGAGGAUCAGUUUCCAAAAUUUGUUGCAAAAUAUACAAGAUUGCUUGCUCUCCCUCCUUUCGGUAAACUAUGUUACGAUUUGGUACUCGAUCCAAGGUUUGUUGACAAGGUAACUCGUAUCUUCACGUUGUAUCAAGCAAGUUUAAUUAUCCAAAUUGAUGCAUUGAAAUUCCUUAAGAUAGCACUAACAAGAGCAUUGGAAUAUACACCACCUAGUAAAGGUACAAAGGAUAUCAACCCCAAGAAACUGCUUGAAUCUACAUUGAAUAAUCCAAUAUAUAACACUAACGAACAUCAACUUAACCAAACAGUUGGUAGAUUGUCAAAAUUCUUACUGUCGAAUUGGACGUCAAGUAAGUUACCUCAACUUAUACAUCCAAACACCUCUGGCCCACUACUUGAUCCAUCGAUCAUAUCCCCCCCUCAUUCCCCUCCGCCUUCCCGACAGGCUCGCUUAGGUAAGGUUGGGAACGACUCAAUUUUAAUCCAUCAGCUGAGUGACGACAUAGCGUCUCUUUGUAAAGGAAAUCAUAGACCUGUGCAUGAUUUUGAAGGGUUUUUGAUUCCAAGUAAGGUACCAUCAGGCGAUUGA